AUCAAGGAUGAUGGGCACAGCCUGGGUGUACUGUCGCUCCCACUGUCACAACUGCUCGCUGCAGAAGAGCUCGUCCUCGACCACUGGUUCCAACUCAGCAACUCUGGUCCUUCUAGCCAGAUUUUGAUGCGAGUGCAGCUUGGGCUUCUGAUUUCUCAGCACUCGGGGGUGGAGGCUUUCCAUGCUGCAGCAGGGGACGAAUAUGAGGAGAAUUCCCAGAAGGGAUCCGAGACUGAGCUGUAUAUCAGAGAGGAUGGAGACUCUGGCUCUUUGCAAGAGCUGCGCCAGCGGAUCCCCCACACCAACAGUAAUUUGGAGCUAGUAGACACGCCUCUGGGACAGCUGCACAUGACUGUCUGGUACAACAUGGAUGCAAGGAAACUUAUCGUGAUCAUACAUGCCUGCAGAAACCUCAAGUCAAACGGCAGGGAUGCUCCUGAUUCCUACGUCUCUUUGAUCCUGCUGCCGGACAAAUCUCGUGUCACCAAGAAAAAGACUACUGUACGGAAGAAAACUGUGAAUCCCGAGUUCAAUGAGAAGUAA